AUGGGUCUGUAUGAUAACCCAAAACGCAAAAGGCAGUGGCUCUCUCCAAAAGAAAACCCUCGAAGUACUGCUAAGCCAGGUUUACACCCCAAAAAAGCGCUUUUGUGUGUUUGGUGGAGUAUUCGCGGCAUUGUUCAUUUUGAAUUAUUGAAAUCUGGACAAACUGUUACUGCAGACCUCUACAGAGAACAAUUGCAGCGAGUAAAUCAAUCUUUAAUUGAAAAGUGGGCAGCAAUUGUCAACCGAAAAGGCGUCAUUCUCCAACAUGACAAUGCAAGACCGCACUGCGCAAAGCGAACUCUAGAAAAAAUUAAUGAAUUGGGGUGGGAGGUGCUGCCUCAUCCACCAUAUUCGCCCGAUGUUGCACCAUCGGAUUUCCACUUAUUCCGAGCGCUGCAACACUUUUUAAGUGGCAAAACAUUUGCAAAUUUGGAUGAUAUCCAAAAAUGCCAUCUCUAG